AUGUUUAUACACCAGAUGGUUGGUAUAAAAGCUUUCAUUAAAGAUAGGCGAGGCUGUUUACCUUUUCAUACCGUUACAAUAAGUGCCCCGUUCCAGAUGAAAAUUUACAUUCUAGCGGCUACGCUUUGCGCCGUAGUCACUGCAGCCAAAUCUAAAGAGUACACCACCCCGGUACCCAUUCUAAAACAAAUCGACAAACACAACGAAGAUGGCUCCUACAGCUACGGGUACGAAGCUGCCGAUGGAACUUUUAAGAUCGAAACGAAAUACCCUAACGGUGAAGUGUACGGCAAGUACGGGUACGUCGACGAUACUGGAACCCUGCGAGAGGUAGAGUACGGUGCUAGUAGACGUGGAUUCGAACCUGCAGGUAACGAUAUCACCGUAGCACCGCCGACGCUCAACAGCAACAGAGACGCAGCCAGGCCGCUAGGUCCCGAAGAAGAAGAUGACGGUCAGUAUCGUGAAGAUCCCGCUGAUUACUACAAAAACGAUCCUUACGCGCAACCUCAACAACCUCAGCAACGACCGGCUCCUAGGUACAGACCGGAAUCUGUCUAUCGACGACCAGAACCGGCUUAUAGGCAGCCAGAACCAGAAUACGAACCUUUUGAGCCUCAGAUUACCAGAUCAUCUUACAAACCUCAACAAACUUACAGACCGCAGCCUGCUUACAGACCUCAAAGCUAUUACGCGCAGGAUCCUGAACCUGAAUACAGGCCUGAACCAGCUUACAGGCCUGAACCAGCUUACAGGCCUCAGCCAGCGUACAGACCUCAACCUGCUUACAGACCUCAGUCCAACUUUGGUUUCCAGAACGAUAUUAAUUGGAAUUCAAAUCCUGCUCCAGCCCCUGCUCCCGCUCCUAGGUGGAAUAAUAAUCCCUUGUGGAACAGUAAUCCUGGUUGGAAUAAUGCUCAACCGAAUGGUCCUUCGUGGGCAGGACAUCCGGCGCAAAAUGUUGAUAUUUAUACUGGGUCCUAUAGCGUAAAUUACAAAAGAUAAGAACUGAUGGAUUAGCUAGGGUUUAUAUAUUUUGUAAUAUUAAAUAGGGAUACAAAAAAAUGAGCUCAAGAAGGCAUGUAAGAAAGUGUUAUUUAAAGGUAUUUACACUUAUAGAUAUUAAUAAAUUGCCUCGAGCAUUGUUGCAUACAUGCAAAUGGUAAAAAUGUUUUUAAAUUUUAUUGGAUUAUGAGGAGAUAAUGAUUUUGACAUUUAAAAUAUCUAUAAUAUUGUAAAUAUAUUAUGUGUCUCGUUAUAAAUGAAUCAAAAUUAGAGUUUACUGUUAUUCUGAAAUAAUGCUACAAUUAUUUUAAAUGUCAAAUGUCUCUACGAGUUCAAGAGUGAUUCAUUGGGUAAAUUAUUACCUAAUAAUGAAUUACAAUUCAAAAUAGAUAAACAUAUAUAAAACAGAUAUUAUAAUGUUGUUCUAUCAGGUAAUUUAAAUUUAAUAGUUUGAUUUAAUAAAAUAUUUAUUGUCUCAAUUUUUUAAUAAAAACACUUUAAAGCAGUCUUGGCAAUACAUUAGAAUUUUUUAUUAUUACCAUUUUUGUUAGUUUUAUUUUAAAUGAGUUUUCAGCUAGUCUUUUCAAGACUUUAAAAUAUUGUAUUUUUUUGAAGACUAUAAGACUUAACAAUGACAAUAUAGUUAAAAAUAUGCUAUAUUUUAAAACGUUAUACAUGUACAUAUGAAGGUGAUGAGUUAUUAGAGGUAAUGGAGGUAAACUUUUAGUUUAAAAUGUUAACGAUUAUAUUUAUUUGCACAAUAUCGAUAUUAACAAUGUAAAACAAUAAAUAAAAAAUAUUAAACAGAAAAGAU